AUGGGAUUUCUAACAUCCAAGAGAGCCUAUAACUGGUUCAUCUCGCUGGUUGCGGCAUCAUGCAUGGUGCUCUAUGGGUACGAUGCGUCCGUAUACAACUCGGUGCAAGGGUCGGAUAACUGGGUGGAGUACUUCAAUAACCCUGGUCCAAAUAUGAUUGGUGGUGUGAACACGGCCUACACCGUGGGUGCCAUUUUCGGUGGAUUCUUCCUGGGAGGACCCAUCGCCGAUUUUCUUGGUCGCAAGUUCGGUAUGGGAACAGGAUGUGUCCUGGUGAUCGCUGCCACUUUCAUGCAAACCUGGGCUCCUCGUGGUAACAUCGCAUGCUUCCUUGCCGGGCGAUGCAUCAUUGGUGUGGGUCAAGGAAUUGCCUUGACUGCGGGUCCGAUUUACAUCGGUGAACUGGCGCCAGCGGAAAUUCGUGGAAAGAUCAUGACCUUUUGGCAGAUGUUCUACUCCGUUGGAUCAUUCAUCUGCUUCUGGGUAGCCUAUGGGUGUACUGAGCAUAAGGAAAAUCUAGGAGAAUGGGAUUGGAAGAUGGUUGUGAUUUUCCAGCUCCUUGUCCCGGUUUUGAUUCUUGCUCUAUUGCCCACUAUUCCUGGCUCCCCUCGAUGGUUUAUCCAACGCGGUAACAACAUUGAAAAGGCCCGUGCUGCUCUUAUGAGAGUCCGAGAAACCGAAGAGGAGGUUGAGGAUGAGCUUCUCAAAAUCCGAGAGGCCAUUGAGUACGAGAAAGAAGCUAUUUCUAGCGGCUAUUCCGCGCUCUGGAAGGAUGGGUCUUUGCGGAAGCGAAUGGCCCUGGCUCUUGUGUUGAAUGCCGGCCAGCAGAUUACCGGACAAGGCACCUUGAACACCUACUCGACCAAGAUCUACCAAAAGGUGUUCGACAGCGCCGGCCAGAUCGCUCUGAUUAAUGCUCUCAACGCUACCUUUGGUAUUAUUUUCACGCUCAACGCCGUUUGGAUCAUCGAUCGAUUUGGACGCAAGUUCCUUCUCAUUGUCGGUGGUAUCGGUAUGGGUAUUUGUAUGAUCAUCGUUGCGGCUGUCGAGACGGAAACCCCUUCACCGGAUGGAGCCAAAACGCAACCAGUCGGGAUAUCCAUCGUGUUCUUACUCUUCUUGUUUAUUUUCUUCUAUAAGCCUUCCUGGGGUGCGACCGUGUGGAUCUGGACCUCGGAGAUCUUCUCCAUGAACGUCCGAGCCCAGGCAGUGGGCAUGGCCUCGCAGACGCAGAACGUCGCCAACGCCAUCUUCCAGCAAUUCUUCCCCAUCUUCCUCGACAACGAGGGAUUCUAUGCCUUCUACAUGUUUGCCGGUAUCAACUUCCUCCUGGCGGUGUUCGUGUUCUUCUUGAUCCCGGAAACCAAGCAGGUCCCUCUGGAGGAAAUCGAUGCCCUGUUCGGCGGCGCCAACCACGCCACGCAAGGUCAAGACUAUAUCCUGAACGAGAAGCAAAUGGCUGUCCACCAGCAAGAAGCGGGUGGUGAGAAAGCGGAUGCCGUCAACGUUGAGGAUGCGUCUCAGCGGUACAAGUGA